GCGCGUGGAGCACCCAGAGAAAAAGCGGGCAGCAAGAGAAGAAAGACCUAGCCCGCGUCUCCUCGUCCCCUCUUGCCGCCUCCGGCUCCUCUCCUCUCCCCCGGUUCUCCUUGAUUCACCUGGCCGCGGUGAUGGUGGCGUGACGGAGCUCGCGUGAGGGCUUCGAAUCUGAGGUGCCAACCAUCUCCUGUAAACGUACGCCGCUCGUGCUCGCGGGGACGGAGGGGUCCUCUUCUGCUUCUGCUCCGUCUGCAUCCUCCUCUGCCUCUUCUUCUCGUCGGUUGACGGCCGCGACUUCGGCCAUGGAUCCCAGCAGCUUCAAAAUUGGAGUCGCUCUGCAUUUAUGUGUUGCAGGCCUUCUGCUUCCAACCAUUGAGAGGCGUUGCGCUUCGCCUCCAUCUGUCAUCGUGAUUGGUGGCGGAAUCUCAGGGAUUGCCGCGGCUCAUGUCCUCUCCAAUUCCUCUUUUGAGGUGACUGUCCUUGAGUCGAGAGAUCGAAUUGGUGGCCAUGUUCAUAUGGAUUACUCCUUUGGAUGCCCCAUCGACAUGGGAGCCUCAUGGUUGCACAGUGUCGGUAAUGAUAAUUCUUUAGCACCAUUGAUUGGCCAUCUUGGGCUGAUAUUAUAUCACACAAGUGGAGACAAUUUUGUUCUGUAUGACCAUGUUUUGGAAAGAACGGCCUUGCAGUCCCAAUGGAGACAGCUGCUAAAUUUGGCGUGAUAUUCGAGAAAAUUCUUAAGGAGUCGGUGAAACCCCGCGAUGAGCAGGAACACGACAUGCGCCUUGAACAGGCAAUUUCAAUGGUGCUUGAGAGGCACCCUGAUCUCAA